AUUACAAAAUUAUUAAUGUAAGGCAGAGAAGUUGUUUUGAUCCAGCUGUUGUGACUGUGAAGAUGUCCAACGUUGCAGAACAGAUUGCUCUCUAUCAGAGGAAAUUGGAGAAAUAUGCCGGCACGGGGGAGACAGAUAAGCUGUUAUACUACAUCCAUAAGCUGAAAUAUCUGCAAGUGACAGUCAGCCACCUAGAAGAGACAGGUGUGGGAAGAUCUGUCAAUGCUCUUCGUCAUCAUUCUGGCCUUGUCGGCGACAAGGCGAGAGCACUGGUCAACAAAUGGAAGAUGAUGGUGACUGCAGAAGAGGAGGAGGAGGAGGAAGAGGAAGAGGAAGAUGAUGAUAGACAGAGGGGAGAUCAUACAGAAGAAGAUAGGGGAGGAGGAAGAGUAAAUGUACAGCGGUCUGAAAGAGAGGAGGAAGAUGAUGAAGGAGCUGUAGCAGAGCCAGAUGAUGAAAUCAGGGAAGAGGAGGAUGAAGAAGACAGACUCCAAAUUGAAGAGUCUGGGGACAUUGCAGAUGACUAUGAGGACGAGGUGGACUCAGGAACCUAUGGUUAUGGCCAGCAGAGUUCUCCUGUUGGUGGAGAAAACAGCAAUGGAUACAACCCCUACACAUCACAAAAGGACUACCAGUUACUCAGUGGUAGCUCAGGAGUCUCAGCUGAGUAUCAUCCCUCUAGUAUGGAUGCCAAAGCCUCCAGUUACAGCUCCCCAGAAGGCUCAUCGGAACCCAGCUGGAAAGAGGCGUCACCAAGCAUAUCCGCAGAUAGGAGGAAUGGGAGCAGUUCCAGCAAGUCCUCGUCAAAAAAGAAUAGUAAGGAGGACAAAGAUCGGCAUAAGGAGAAAGAGAGACACAAGGAAAGGGAGAAGGAGAGAAGUAAGGAUGGCUCAGGGAGCCAUGAAAAAGACAGAAAAAAGGAACACAAGGAAAAACACAAAGACAAACACAGAGAUAAGGAUAGAGACAAAUCUCACAAAGAUAAACACAGGGACAAAGACAGAAGUAGUGAUAAGCCUAAAGAAGAGUCAAGAAGAGAGGAGAGUGCAGAUGGACAUAGAGAAGAAAAAGACAGAGGAAAGAAGAGAGAUGUGCUCAAUGGCUUUAGUACCCCAGAAAUAGAGAAAAGAUCAAGUGGAAAGCAUGAAAGUAGAGACGGUGCAAAAAGAAAUGUGGACGAGAAACGAAAAGAGAAAAGUGAAAAGAGUAGUCAUGGGAAAUUAGAGAGUACAAGUAAAGAAAGUUCAAGAGAAAAAGAGGGAAGGGAAAGACAUGAUACAAAUAAAGAGGGUACCAGAGAAAAGGAGAGCUCUAGUAAAGAGAGCAAUAGGGACAGAGAUAGAAGAAAAGAGGAGAAACACAGGGACAAACAUAGAGACAGCAGCAAAAAAGAUAAGGACAAAAGUGAUCGGGAACCAAAAAGUGACCACAGAGAAAUAGAGGAAGGUUCGGAAAGUGACAGAAAAGAUCUGGGUAAGAAGAAGAAAAGCAAAAAGCAUGAUGUGAGUGAAGGACUAGACUUCGGUGCAGCUUUGAUGGGUUUAGAAUCACCAGUGAAAAAGAAAAAGAAGAAAAAGAAAAAAGACUCCCAGAAGGACAGGGAAAGUUCAGAUGAGGGACAGCCAUCCUCAAGCAAGUCAUCUAAUAAGAGAAUGCUGUCUGAUGGGGGAGGUUUACCGGAUGCUAAGAAGCAAAAGCUAUUGGCAAAACCACCAACCUUACCCUCCCUACCGUCCUCAAUAAGUCUGCCGCCAGAGGAGCCCUUGCUUCCAGAGAUAACACCUAAUUACAAGCCACUGCCAAGACUUCAGCUUAAAGAUGAUCCAAUGGAACACAUGUCCUCGAAGAUGACUGAAGAGGAGGCCCUAAAUAUCAUGUUUCAGUCAAAGAAUAACAGACGUAGUAAAAUGUACUCAGGGAAAGUCACUGGACUGGCCUAUGUGCCAACACUGUACGAAGCUUGCAUCAGAGUCUUGCAAGAAAAUAUUGACGCUCUGGAGUUUACUGGUGGAAUUCCCUUUGAGAUUUUACAACCAGUUCUAGAGCGAGCAUCUCCGCAACAACUUAUAACUCUCGAAGAUUAUAAUUCAUACUUAUUAGAGGAUACAGAUGUGUUAUGGGAAACCCACUGUAAAAGAGAUUUUAAAAACAAAAAAUUAGAAGAGAUGGAAACCUGGAGAGAGAUGUGGAUUCGGUGCUUCGAUGAACGAGAAAGGAAGCUGAAGAAUUUGACUCAGAAGUUAGGGCAGAAGUUUGUUUCCAAAGCUGAACCAAAGCGUACAACCAAAUUGGCUUUUGUGAACACUGCAUGCAAAGUGCCAAAGAAUGUUGCACGUGCUCAGGCAAAGUAUGGGACAGCAGUUGCAUCAAGUUCUGCAGCAAAACCAGGGAAAGCCAAUGAGGUGGCAGCCAGGAAAACGGCAAUGCAGAAUGUACAAAGAGCAGAAAGAGCAGCAGCAAAUCCUCCUCGUCCCACAGCAGCCAAGAACAAAAAGGUAGCACCUCUUAUGGCCAAGACGCGACAGUUCUUUAAGAAAGCGUUCCGGCGUUGAGCUCCUCCUGAAAGCAUUCCAGGAAGGGCACAGGUUUCCCAGUUUCAAGCAAACGAAACAGAUGAAAGUGGUACUCAGCCAAAGGUUCAUAUUUCUAUCCAUUUUAGUUUGGAGAUACCAGUGUAGAGUAAUGUUUUCAAUGUUGCAGUGUCAUGUGUUACAUUUGGUAUUUUAAAACCUUUCAAGAUUGACAUAUCCAUCUAUACCAUUUAGAGAGAAGGGUAAUAUACAUGUGUAUGUUUUUCCCUUGCCUUUUUUCCCUUUUUUUUAUUAUUAUUUUUUUUUUUUCCUUUUUUCAACUUUUCCAAAUUACGAAGAGCACAUAAACUAUUCAUCUUACCAUAUGAAAGUAAAGUAGUAAACUAAAAAUAAAACAUGUAUGCAUCUGCUUACCAUCAGUUACAUGUACUCAAUGAAUCAAGUGGUCAAACCAACACACACCCAACCAUCCAUCUCUUCACCCACCUACUAGUAUACACUCACAUAACCACCUAUCCAUCCAUCCAUUUUCACAUAAAAAAUGCUAAAGACAAAGAUAGAAAUGCAACCAUAACCACAGAAUACCACCCACUCACAGAAAUACCUGCACACACCCACACAACAAAUAAAAACCACCCACACAGAAAGACAUACGUGAAACACUCACACACUCACUUCCGCUUAUCCACAGAAACACUGUUCCACCCACGCCCCAACACUCACACACAUGGAGACCCUCACACUCCCACUUAAGCUUAUUCACAGAAACGCUUAUCCACACACCCCAAUACAAAAACAAACACACACACACUCACAUUCACACUCACACUCACUCACGCACUUCCUCCUUCCUCCCUUUCCCUUCUUCUCUAUCUUCAUACCUUCCUUCCUUCCCUCUCAGAGUAAGUAAGGAUAUCAGAUUUUGAAAGGUUCAGCUCAUAUAAAGAAGAGGAUUUUUUUCUUUGUAUAGAAAAUAGACAUCAGUGGAUAAUGCAUAACUGAUAUCCAUUAUGCAUUGGGAAGUGUGAAUGACUAGUUGUCACUAAAUGAAUUUAAGACACAUGCCAGAUAACAUAAUGUUUUCUUCGCCUUCUUUUUCUUCUUCUGCCUCUUUUUGUCCUCCUGCUUCUUCCUCUUCUUUUCUUCUACUCCUUUGUUUGUCUUUGUCCUUGUUUAUUCUUUCUUGCCUGUCUCCCCAGAUUUGGAUGCUAUGUAGUAUCAAGGAAUGUGUGUGCUUAAGAGUUCUAUGAAUUGAGACUUGAGGUGGCUUGGAAGAUGAAAAUAUUUCUCUGUGAAUAAUUGCAGUAAUAUAACUAAUGUUCAUAAUUGUCAUGCAUAAGAUUCUAUCUGAUUUUGAUUAGACCAAUGUUGAGCAUAUUGCAGUGCUAGAUUUAGUUUAGUUUCAAAAUCUGUCAUUUUGAUUCUUAGCAUCUGAUUAAUUAGUUAUAUAAUUUAUGUGUAAUUCACCCAUUUUAUUGACAUUGCCAAUAUAAUUUAAAAAGAAGAAAAUUAACCUUAAAUGUUUUUGUUGAUAGGGAGCAAUGACUUUAUAAGACUUAUUUUCUAUUAGGUUACAUAAGGAAAGCAUACAUGUAUAUUUUCCACCUAUUCUUCGUACAGUAUGCAGCAGAUGAUGAUACCAGAUUUACAUCUUUGAUAAGCAUGUUACAUAAGCAGAUACUACAGAAUCUGAAUUAAUUUAUUGGUUUUAUAAAUUCCUGACCGACUGGUAUAUCAUCCAUCUAAAGGAGUGCAUGAUACCUCUUGGCUUAAGAUUAUCAGUAAAUGUAUUAUCUUGGUUUAUUUAUUGUAAAAAGCAUUUUUACUAGUAAAAUGAGAAAAGAUCUUAUUUGGUAUUGACACAAAAUACGGAAAAUACUUAUUUUUUACAAGUGUAUAAUAUCUAUUGAUAAUCUUUUCCCCACUGUGUGGGGUGAAACUGUGUCUAAUAAAUUACUGUUUUAUUAUGUGGAUUUAGUAUGACAUAUGUUUUAUAGAAGAUAUGAAGCAAGAGAUUAUAUAGUUUAUAAGCCACA